AUGAAGAGUUCAAUGAGCAUCAUUGUCUUCUUGUUUGUGACCAUCUUCACCAUCUCUGCUUCUUCCUUGAACCCUGAGGAAACUUGCAUACAAAGAAACAUCAACCGGUCACAACCUCCAAGCUCUUCACUCGAACCCAAGACAUCAAAGUUCGACUUUCUUGUGGACAAGUUGUGCAGAGACAUGGCUCGUGCCGUCAUGUUCUCUGUGAGGAUAACCGGAAAAUUCCCAUCUCACUAUGUGAAGGCGAUGUGUAAUGUGUUUGGAAAUGACGAGAAGAAAGUGAAAGAGUAUGUUGUGAAGAAAUGGUUGGGAGGUUCGAAGCUCGUGUCUAGUUUAUCUUGUGCUUUUCAUUGA